CACGAGUUUAGAGGGAACAGUCAGGAAAACAAACAGGUCGAACGAAGAAAUAUCAGUAGCCGGUCUGUUGAAUAGGUUAUUUCACGGGGAAUGGCUUGUUUUCAUGCAUUUGUUAAUCCAUGCAUGUAGCUUUUUCUACACAUAUUCGUGCUUUCAAAUAUCGUUCGUUUUGACCCGUCCUAGCAGCAGAGUAUGUUGCCGCUUUCUAACAUUUGGUUAGGGUUUAUGGAGCACGUAGUCUAUCCGCUGCGGUGUUGUGUUUUUCAUGUCAGUGUUUAUCAAUUCUAACUCGACGUCCAUAGAUAUUAACCGCAUUCCGCUUUAAAUUCGGUACUAUACAUUUAUCGCUAUGCAUACGAGGCGUUUGGUGAAGCGUUCAAUCCUGGGCAGCCGGGUGUAUGCGCCGAGUCCGACUGGGGACGGGGCUCCGUUGACAGGAGUGGUACAGGCUGUCAAGCAGGAAAACAGAGAUGUUUCAACUGGACCUCUGCGUAACGUCUACACGUUACUAAUGCAAGACGGAAGCCUGAAAGAAUUCUCCGAGGACGAGAUAGCCGUGGGCUUCAGCCAAACGACGGCGAAAGGACCGCUCAAAUCCAGCUUGAAGCAGAGCUUUUGUAACGGCCGUGGGGACGGGACUCCACACCAGGGCCAGAACGGGGAGGCCAACUCCCUGAGCCCAGAUGCGGUGGAGGGGGAGCGGGCAGUGGAUGGCAGGAGGACAGGGCGCACCUUGGAGGGUCCUGAGAGGGACCACACCCGCUCUGUCUCCCUGCUGGACCAGAAACGCAAGGUGGUGUCAUCCAGCAUCGAUGUGCCCCAUGCCAGGAAGUCAGAAGAGGAAGUGGACAUGGACAAGGUGACAGCUGCCAUGGUUCUGACCAGCCUGUCCAGCAGUCCACUGGUCAGGAGCCCCCCUGUCAAAGUCAGCGAGGGUCUGAAUGGCUCGUGGAAGGAGAGUGGUGUUGGCUUCACCCCUUCCAGUUACAGCAGUAGUGGCUAUUGGAGCUGGAGCGGCCCUAGUGACCAGUCCAACCCGUCCACCCCCUCCCCGCCGCUAUCCGCAGACUGCUUCAAGCCCUUCCGUAUGUCCAGCGUCAACGGCCCACCCCCCGACGACGCCAUCGACGAACAGGAUGGCAGCAGCCUGCUCUUUGACGAGCCAAUCCCACGCAAGCGCAAGAACUCCAUGAAGGUGAUGUUUAAGUGUCUGUGGAAGAACUGUGGGAAGGUUCUGAGCACGGCUGCUGGGAUACAGAGACACAUCCGGACUGUUCACCUGGGGCGGAACUGUGACUCUGACUGCAGUGACGGAGAGGAGGAUUUCUACUACUCAGAGAUCAAACUCAACACAGACUCAGUGGCUGACGGUCUGAGCAGCCUGUCCCCCGUCUCUCCCUCCGUGCUCGCCCCCAUCUCUCCCCCCCAUGACCACCACAGACGACCCCCUGCAGAGGGCAGCAACGGGACCAAUGGGAACAAGGAUAAUCACAGCCACACCCACUCCAACAGCACGCCACUCAGUCGCUCCGCCCCCAGCGCCCUCUACCUCAUCCACGCAGAGCACGCCUACCAGGCCACAGCUCCAGUCACCAUCCCCUUCUCAGGCUCUGGGUCUGGCCCUGGCCCAGGCUCUGCUGCCUCAGGCUCUGCUGCCUCAGGCUCUGCUGCCUCAGGCUCUGCUGCCUCAGGCUCUGCUGCCUCCACCUCCUUCACCCCCAGCAGCAGCUCCACCUUCAGUAUCUCCUGGCAGUCACCUCCUGUCACCUUCACUGGCACUGCUGCAUCUCCCACCCACAGUCGGACACAGAGCUUUGGAGAGCAGCGGUCCCAGACAAUAGCAGUCCUCUCCUCCCCUCCCAGAGCCACUGGCUCACUCAGCCGUAAGUCCCGUGGCGAGGGUAAGAAGUGUCGUAAAGUGUACGGAAUGGAGAACAGGGACAUGUGGUGCACUGCCUGCCGAUGGAAGAAAGCCUGCCAGAGAUUUACCGACUGAACCAACCAAGUAACCGACCAACCAUGAGGGUUUCCCGUGGAAACCAGGGGUGUUCCUUUCUGUUCCCUUCCUACGCAUGCGUUGUCACUCCAAAACCAACGUUGUCACACCCCUCUACAGUCCUGGUCCACUCCACCCUAACCCAACCCCUCCUGGGGGUGGAGCCUCCUACUGUUCUCCCAAGACUUCCAACCGGGGAACAAAAAUAACCUUGGACUUAAUCGUCAGGUCAGCCAUGAAGGGACCAGAAAAGAGGCAAAUUUUGUCCCAGAACGUCUCAAUAUUAUUUAUUUUUUACUGAGAAUGGGCUUUUUUUGCUUUGAGAGAAGGCCAUAAUAAAAAGAGAGCGGGGAAAAAUCAUUGUUUCCCAUGUAGACUCCUUCUUUCCCCGCUGGCGCGCUCUUUCCAUUCUAGCCUUUUCUUCUACUGGGUGCUCUGGAUCUCUACAACCACAGGCCCCCUCUCUUCCCCGUCCUCACCCCAGGGAAUGUAUCUUGUGUCUGGACUCGGCAGGGGGAGAGGGAGGGGUGGAUAGCACCCCCUAGUGGGCUUUAAUGGAUCAAUGCAACAACAGCAAAAAUACAAAUACACAGUUGGGGUGCAGAACAGACUAACCUUGCCAGCAGCAAACGGGCCCUACACCACAACCCUGCAUCACAACCACAACACAGGACCACACAGUUUUCUAUCUACAUUUUAUAUAUAUAUAUAUAUAUAUAUAUAUAUAUAUAUCUAUAUCCAGUUGACUGAAGCUAAAAAGGGUCAUUUUCUUUCAGGGAGUGUUGAUCAAAAGAAAGGAAACAUUUCAAUAUAGUUAUUUACAGUGAGGGUUUUGGUCACAUGAUAUUUACUUGCAACCAAAAAGUUUUUGUUUCUUAUGUGCCAUUUUCCCCAAUGUUGUUAUUUCUCUGUAUCUAUUCUUCUUGUAUUGAAAGCACAAAAAUAACCGUUUUUGCUCACUAAGAACUCAAAACAUUACACCCCUCCCACACACUUUGGGGCAAAACAAUCAACCGAUUUUAAAAUGGGGCUGCGUACAAGCGCCCCUACUCUUCUUCCAUCAGGAGUUAGUUCCUAUUUCUAACGUUUUGUUUACGGGCGCCAUACUUCACCAAAGCCCGUAGGUCACCUACAAGAUGGAGGGUGUCCGCUCUAUUUUCCCUUUCCAAUACCAAAAGUGAAGCAAGAAGUUUUACUGUGUGUGUGACGUGAAUGAACACUUGUAAAGGCAGUAUGUGGCAGUUCCUGUUGGGUUGGGGUGAACAUCUCACUCUCUCUCACCCUACUCACUCUUGUGUUGACCUUCCAGGUCUGAGAGAAUAUUGGUGAAGUAGGGAUGGUAACACCACCUGUACCAUACUGUGGCCGGUCCAGCCCAGACCUCCUUGUUGGAAAAUGGGAAGCUUUUUGGGAGAUUUCUUUAACUCGGCACACUGCACUCACUCUAGCUCGGCAUGCACAUCACUCUAUGGGCUUCAUAAGUAGUAAGAAACUGUGUGAUUGAUGGGUGGCAGAGGCUGAUCCACUGGUGCAGCUACCUGAUUGGUUAUGUGGACCUGACUGACCCCACCCACUCCACUUCCUCCUGAUGAGACUGGCCACCUGGUUGGCUUGGACGCGGGAGGUUGACUCACUUUGAAAGUGACAUUACUGUACGUGGUGGAUUAUGAACUCUGAUGGAAUCCCUCUGUUGUCACCUAGCUACUUAUCUCUGUCUGUUAGCUCAGACACUCUCUUGGCUGUUCUAAGGCUGCGCACCACAAGCCUUCUUCCAAAGUGUGGACUUGUACAUUUCCAGUCAUGGAUUUAACAAUGGUGUCAACUCUCUCCAGCCAGUUUUUACACCAAUCCUAUGCUUUUAAAUCCAUGAAUGGGAGUAUGCACAUUUUUGGGACACAGACCUAAAACUCUUAUAUGAAGGUCAACAUAACAAGGUCAAAGAAGUACACACAAAGAAAGAAGUCAAGACACAGUCCAACACCAGCUAUAUAAACACACUAGUAAACCCACUCUGUUCACAACCCAGUUUCCUCCGUACCUCCUCCGGGAUUAUAGACCCUUUAUUUUUCUCAACCCUUUUCUAUUUUUGUCUUUUUAUCAGAAUGUUUAUGUAGAUGGAGCUCUGAUUUGUCUGUUUAUUAAGUUAAAUGUUAUUCACUUUAAAGCUAAAAGUCUAUCCUCCACCCAGUGACGAGUUCAGUAUAACGCCAAGAAGGGUGACUAUAGAUGAAGUGUUGUAUCAUUCAUUCACGUGUAGGCUAAACCAAUGUUGUAAACAUGGUAUGACCUAGGUCGCACAUUCAAAGUCAUUGUGCUUUUAUAUUAUGUCAUUGGAGUUUCUGCAAGAUUUAACUAUAUUUAGAUCAGUGAUGGGCAACUGGUGGCCCACUGCCCCCCUUUUGAAGGCCCUCGGAUGCAAAACCUUCUCUCGCCCCACGGCAAAAUGAGUAGAAUUGCACGAAACUAACAUAAGAAAAUAUCUCUCCUCUGUCAAGAAUGUUUUGCUUGCGGUGUUGGGGGUAUGGAUGUGUGUACGCAGACCCCCCCACCGUCAUCAACGUUGCCCAUCCCUGAUCCAGAUGAUCUAAAACUGCCAUUUUAUUAUGUCAACGGAUUGUUGUUUAAAAAAAGACUAAUGUACACAUGCUUACAGAAGAGUACAUGUUUAAAUGUAACAUGUAACGGAGGAACAGAUGGAUCUGGCUGUUCUACUGCUAAAGGAAGACCGUGGUUAUUGUAACCGUGUAACUCUUAGGAGAGUACUGUCAGCUUGUUUUGUUACAGUAGGUGAACCCCACAACCUAAUACCCAAAUGCUCUCACACACACACACACUGUAACCCUCUAUAAUAUCUAUCUGCCAGUGUCAUUUAGCAGUUGGAGAAAGACACCUGAUUAAAAACAUUUGUCUUAUUUCCAAUACCCAAUACCAUUUUCUUCAACCUUAUAAAGUUGUCAUACUCGCAAUUAGCUUGACGUGUGUGUGUGCGCCUUUAGGCUAGUGUGUGGGCCCGUGCCCCCCCCAGGAAUCCAUUGUUUUAUCUCUAACUCCAUGCCCUGUUACUUACACUGUGGUGCUUUUUAAAAUUGUGUUCAAUAAGCGGUAUCCCUGUUAUUAGAAAUAUAAUUCUAGAGAUGGCAUUCUAGAUUCUAUUUCUAUGUCCCCGUUGUUGUGUGGAGAUUGUGUCAGCGUCUACAGGGCUGAGGCUGGGUUACAUAGUGGUGCUGUGCACUCAGGUAGCAGGGGGGUGCUACUUUUGUCCAAUGCGAUUUCACAAUAAUGUCCUAUGGCCUCUGUUACACUGUAGUAGAACAUGAAAAUAAAAACACCUGCCUCGAGGCAAAUCUCUCUCAACAGAGAA